AGAAGCCCAACAUCAGCGAAAAGCUGGAAAGGACCUACAAAAGGAGAUAAGGCGACGCCGGGAAUUGGAGUACAAACUCCUAAAAUUUGAAGCCGAUCUCAAAGCCAAAGCGACUCGAUCCACCCACGAGGACAGCUCUCGCAAGGACCAAGAUCUAUUUACCAAGGAGAUCAUGAAAACCAAAAUCUCAAAAGACUUUAAACUCCUGGAUAUGGCCUUAUAUGAUGGCACGGUAGAUCCCAGCCAUCACCUCAGUAAUUUCAGAAGUCGAAUGUACCUCACUGACGCCUCAGACACAGUCCGCUGCAAAGCCUUCCCGACUACCUUAACAAAAACGGCGAUUAAGUGGUUCGACAAUCUACCCCCCAGGUCCAUCUCAAGUUUCGAUGACCUAGCUAAGAAGUUUCUAGCCAGAUUCUCUAUCCAGAAAGACAAAACCAAGCAUGCUCCAAGUCUAUUAGGAAUCAAACAAGGAGAUCGGGAAAGUCUCCAUAGCUACAUGGAAAGAUUUAACAAGGCAUGUCUAGACAUACAAAGUCUGCCCACAGAAGUGGCCAUCAUGGGCCUCAUCAAUGGCCUACAAGAAGGGCCUUUUAGCCAAUCUAUAUCGAAAAAGCAUCCCACAUCUCUAAAUGAGGUACAAGAA